AUGGCGAUUCCUGAGAUGCAAUGGGCCCAGGUCAUCGAGAGCCCCGAGAGCGGUGUCGUUUACAAGCAGAUCCCCGUCCCCAAGCCCGGCCCGGAUGAGGUGCUGGUCAACAUCAAGUACUCCGGUGUCUGCCACACCGACCUGCAUGCCCUGAAGGGAGACUGGCCGCUGGAUCGGAAGAUGCCGCUGGUGGGCGGCCACGAGGGCGCCGGAGUGGUGGUCGCCAAGGGCGAGCUGGUCACUCAGGUCGAGAUUGGCGACCACGCAGGUGUCAAGUGGCUGCACGGAUCGUGUCUGGCGUGUGAGUUCUGCCGCCAGUCGGACGAGCCUCUGUGCGCCAAGGCCCUGCUCUCCGGAUACACCGUCGACGGCACCUUCCAGCAGUACUGCACCGCCAAGGCGGCCCACGUCUCGAUCAUCCCCAAAGAUGUGCCGCUGGACGCGGUCGCGCCCAUCCUGUGCGCCGGCAUCACGGUCUACAAGGGUCUGAAGGAGUCGGGGGCUCGUCCCGGUCAGACGGUCGCCAUUGUUGGCGCCGGCGGUGGUCUGGGAUCGCUGGCCCAGCAGUACGCCAAGGCGAUGGGGCUGCGGAUCAUCGCCAUCGACGGCGGCGAAGAGAAGCGCGCCAUGUGCGAGCAGCUGGGUGCUCAGGCCUAUGUGGACUUCACCAAGAGCAGCGACCUGGUCGCGGAUGUGCAGGCCGCCACCGAGGACGGGCUGGGCCCGCAUGCCGUGCUGCUGCUGGCCGUGUCCGAGGGACCCUUCCAGCAGGCGGCCAGCUACGUGCGGUCGCGCGGUUCGAUCGUGGCGAUCGGCUUGCCGGCCAACGCCUACCUCCGGGCGCCCGUGUUCGGCACGGUGGUCAAGAUGAUCAACAUCAAGGGCAGCUACGUCGGUAACCGCCAGGAUGGCAUCGAGGCGGUCGACUUCUUCCGCCGGGGGUUGAUCAAGGCCCCGUUCAAGACGGUCCCAUUGGAGGAUUUGCCCAAGGUCUACGAGCUCAUGGAACAAGGUAAGAUCGCCGGUCGGUACGUGCUGCAGAUGCCGGAGUAG